AUGAUCGAUCCAAAUACUGAUCCAAAGGGCGAAACUGUAGACGACUACUGUAGACGUCGUUGGGGAGGGGCUGGUUGGACAAAUCACCUGAAGCAGGAGGGCAGGAAAGAUGGAGCACAAUUUUCAGACUGGAAAUGGUGGCCCCACACGUCACGAGCACACCAGUUGGUUCAGUAUUGCCACAAAAAUGAAGUAUGUAGUACUGACGAGGUGAAUCAAUGUUUGUUCCGAGCAGAAUAUGAGAAUGGUGAGAACAUAUCAGAUGUUCAAACUCUUUUGAAAAUUGGAAAGGAGUUGGGGUUGCCAGAAGAAAAGGAAUCCGAACUCCACGAAUACCUUGCAAAGGAACAAGGCAAAAGAGGUAUGGAACAAGAAAUCAAAACAGGCCGCCAGCGAUAUGGCAUCAAGGGUGUGCCUUUCUUUGUAGUUGGAAAGGAUGACCAGGGCAAGUCGCGUCCCUAUGCAUUCUCAGGAGCACAGGCCUCCGAAACCUUUCUUGAGCUGUUUGAAGAGUUAUCAUCCUAG